AUGAUUUGCCAAAAGUGUCGCACGCCGCUCAGACUAGACAGCUCCCUCGAGGAAUUGAAUCCUGCGGCGUACGAUCUUCUCGUCGGUCAGCACAAGCUUUCCCUCAUCCGAAACGGCGCGCGCAAGGAUGGCCAAAGAAAGGUGCUCUAUGACAAGGUCUCGCAAAAUGCGGCCUCUGCGACGUUCAAGCGCCAUGGCAGUGGGCCAUCGAGUUCGGCGCAACGAGAUUCGACCAUGUCCUUCAUCUACCUUACCGAGUCACAAGUCGCUCAGCCAGUGCUUUCCCGGCCCGAUCCGCUGCCAUCGAAUACGAAAUCAAACAGGGGGAACAAGGGCGGACAGAAGUCUCUUGAAGAAGAGCGCGGCGGUAGCAAGGCGCACGAGAUAGAACGCAUCAACAAGUUGUUCGAAAUCCUCUCCGCGCGAUCCGACAUCGACCAUCCCAUCUGCGUCGAGUGUACCGAUAUGCUCGUAGAAGGUCUUCAGAAAAAACUUGAGGCUGCAGCGAGGGAGCGCGAUGCCUACGUCGGCUUCUUGAAACAAGUGCAGAGCGAUCAGCCGAACGAGGAGGAUGUCAAAGCCCAAGAGGAAGCUCUGAAGAAGGCAAGGCAGGCCGAGACAGACGCCAUGGCUGAUUUGCUUCGCUUGGAGCAGGAAAAGGCAUCUGUAGACGCGGAGAUUAUUGCUUUAGAGGAGGAGUCACAACAGCUUGACCACGAAGAAGAGCAGUUCUGGCGCGAGCGUAACGCCUUUGCUACCAAACUUGCCGACUUUCAAAACGAGCGCGACAGCACGAAUUCCAGGUUCGAUAACGAUGCUCAGCUGUUGGAGAAGCUGCAACGCUCAAACGUAUACAACGACACGUUCUGCAUCAGCCACGACGGCACGUUUGCUACUAUCAACGGGCUCCGUCUUGGCCGACUGUCGAACAAACCGGUUGAUUGGCCUGAGAUCAAUGCAGCAUGGGGCCACGCCCUUCUUCUGCUAGUCACAGUUGCUGACAAGCUAGGCUACAAAUUUGACGGGUUCGAGCCGCAGCCCAUGGGAAGCACUUCAAAAAUCAUUCGGUUUGAACUCCCGUCGCCAACGGCCAGCCGUUUAGGAUCGCAUCGGAACGCGCCACCGCCAGCUCCGAAGAAGCAUGUUCUGGAGCUUUUCUCUAACGGAGAUUUACCUCUGGGACUGACAUUCAUGCACCGCAAGUUCGACAAUGCGAUGGUAGCAUUUCUUGAACUCGUGCGACAGCUUGGCGCUUUCGUGCAUCGACAGACGGCGGCCGACGGCCAUCCACUUAGCCUUCCCUAUAAGAUUGAGGGCGACAAGAUCAUGGAUGUUAGCAUCAAGCUCGGCAUUGCUCAAGAUGAUGGAUUGCCUGUCAUGGGUGGCCAAGCAGACAACACCAUUGACGAUGAUGCCGGCUCGACAGUCAGCUUCGAGGAAGUUGACUACCGGCGCACCACCAAGCAAAGCCAGGCUCUCGUAGCCAGGGGAAGCCUGGAAAGAGAGACACCGUCAGACAUUCUAUACGUUCUGCAAUACUUGGGCAUCGGUGGCAAAGUCAUCGACAGUCGUGAGAGCAGCAAUCCAUUCAAGGAGAUCCCCGACUAUGGGAAGAAGGACGGCGAGACCACUCAGCGGACUGUCAAUUCUGUGCUCGAGAUCGUGACAAAGGUCAACACCAGUGCCAAGAUCAGACGUGUGCGUCGUCGUCGGUCUCCGCAUAUCAGUUAUCCCGACGAUGAUUACACGUCGGCGUCUUCGGACAGCGAGAAUGAUGAGCGCGCGAAGGCCGGGAAGAUUGAACGCACGCAGAUGAUUAUUCACUCGCCGCAUCUCAUCAACGCAUUGAGGGCGGUUGUAGCAUACUACCCCAAUGUCAAUCUUCUAGGAGACACGGUGACCAUCGAUGCUCCUUACCGAGUUAUCGUGCACCACCUCGACGCCCUCAAACAGUACAGAUUCCACCAGCCUGCCAGCCACUCCACCGAGUACGCUCGUCUGACGGCGAACCACAUUGAUGUUCUUUUGAGUUUCAUCGAUCAGGCUGUCGGGGAGUCUAUCCGGACUGAACAAGAACGACAUCGUCGCAAUGUCCCAGUUGCAACGUUCCAGAACUAUUGGAUGGCUCUGAAGCCAGGUGAGGUCAUCUAUGUCAAUCAUGAUGACCUCUGGGAGCCCCACGUCAUUAGCAGUACAUACCAGGAUGUCACUUUGAGUGGACGCAACCGCCACCUGCAGGUGGUUGCCUGGGUCCUUGAGAUGGGACACAACCGGAUGAACCGAAAGAUGUCUCAGUUCACUAUCCCUUCGUGGACCGGCGAGCAGAUCAUCCCUUCUCUGAAGAUCAUUCCAGAUCGCUUCUUCCAGGAUGACCCGCAAGCAAUGCUGCAGAAGCAGCUGAGGCUCGGGAAGCUGUACUGGGAGCUUCUCCAACGCCCAACCUAUAUGGAGUAUGACGGAAUGCUUGUGCAGGCUCAACCUGGAUCUCACUCGGGCCCGAUCUUCAGCCGUGGUCCAUCAGGCUAUAUGACUGGUCGAGUGAUUUGCGAUGCCGAAGGCUUCGGUCGUUUCAACUUCCGUGCACCAGAGAACCGGAACGGCCCUCCGGGCCCGCCACGUCAAGUAGUGCCCCCAGGCAUGAUGCCUGGACAGCAUCAUGGACCGCCGCCUGCUCAAGACCAUCUCCCACAUUUCCUUCCACGUUGCGGCUGCAAGGAAUGUACCAAGGAGACCGAUCGCACCGACUUAUCACCGUUCGCGGGCUUUGACGACGUUAAUCCCCUGACAUCGCCAGCGCCUACUUCCGAUAUCUUCUACAUUGCCUGCACCAACAUCAUUCCGGCCUUCCUUCUCGGCGAUCGCCGUUGGGGUCACUUGAACCUCGACCAUGUGAAGCCCGUCAUCACAGACCGUGAAGCAUUCAAGUAUCUCGUCCUAGACGACGAGAUCAAGAUGACAGUCAAGGCCCUCAUCGGCAAGUUCGCGGCAGCAGAGUCCGGAAAAGUCUCACCAUGGGCCAACGACUUUAUCAAGAACAAGGGCGAAGGCCGCAUCUUCCUUCUCCACGGCGCCCCGGGCGUCGGCAAGACCUGCACCGCCGAGUGUGUCGCAGAGCUGACCAACCGACCCCUCAUCUCCCUCACCUCGGGCGACCUCAGCGUCAACUCGCACAGCGUGGAGCACAACCUCUCCUACUUCCUCGAGCUGGGCCAGCGCUUCGGCGCCCUUGUCCUCCUCGACGAGGCGGACGUCUACCUCGAGCGCCGCCGCGCAAAAGACAUUGCCCGCAACGGCCUCGUCUCGGUGUUCCUACGCGCGCUCGAGUACUAUCGCGGCGUGCUCUUCUUGACGACGAACCGCGUCCAGGCGUUCGAUGCGGCUUUUACCUCGCGCAUCCACGUCGCGCUGCACUACAAGAAUCUAACGGAUGUCGACCGCGAACGCAUCUGGGCCAACAACUUCGAGCGUCUCGACAGGGACUCGCACGGCCGCGUGCGUGUUGCGAUCGCUACGCGCGAGUACGCCUACGACUCGCGCGAUGUACGCGCUCUGCGGUGGAACGGCCGCGAGAUCCGCAACGCGCUGCAGACUGCGCUUGCGCUUGCCGAGAGCGAUGCUGCGGAGGAGGGCACCGACCGUAUUUGCGUUACGGACAAGCACCUGCGGGCUGUGGUCAAGAUGAGCCGCGGGUUCAGGGACUACCUCCGUAGUGGCAGUGUCUAUGACGGGGAGAGCGAGGUCGGUGAGAGUGAGGGAGAGGAAGGAGAUAUUUAUUCUGACUAA